GCUGCAAUCGCAUCAGAUGAAUAAUCCUACUAGCUGAACCUCCAACGUACAUAGCUUAUGCUAUCCUCGCCGAUAUAUCAUUGAGCUCUAGCAGCUUUAUCAUCACUCCAGUCCAAGGUAGUCUUUCAAAUCGUCGCGCGCCUUGUCAUCCCGGCACAGGAAAGGGCCUUCUUCUCACUUCACAACAACCGACCGCCAAGUUUCCAACCUUGACUCCCUCGCUCGACAAACUUCAACGCCAAUGUCUGCCAAAUCGCCUCUUCCGCAAAACGACAAUGUCGCCCACGCCUUGGCCGGCGCCGGCGGCGGCAUUCUCUCCAUGGUCCUGACCUACCCUCUCAUCACCCUCUCGACCAGAGCCCAGGUCGAGUCCAAAAAGGCCGAGAGCAACUUCACCGAGGCCAUCCAGAAGAUCAUCGCGCGCGAGGGCGUCUCGGGCCUGUACUCGGGCAUCAACUCGGCCCUGUUCGGCAUCAGCGUCACCAACUUCAUCUACUACUACUGGUACGAGUGGACGCGGGCCUUUUUCGAAAAGGCCGCCACCCGCGCCGGCCGCGCCAGCAAGAAGCUCACCACCGUCGAGGCCAUGAUCGCCGGCGCCAUCGCCGGCUCGGCCACCGUCAUCAUCACGAACCCCAUCUGGGUCGUCAACACGCGCGUCACCACGCGCCGCCAGGAGCCCGACCUCGAGGCCGCCGGAGCCGACGGGAGGCGCGGCAGCAAAGGGCCGACCACGCUGGGGACGCUCAUGUCCCUGCUGAAGAAGGAGGGGCCGCGGGCCUUGUUUGCUGGAGUCGUUCCGGCGCUGGUCUUGGUCAUCAACCCCAUUCUCCAGUAUACGCUCUUUGAGCAGAUGAAGAAUGCCGUGGAGAGGAAGAGGAAGAUGACGCCCACCAUCGCGUUCCUUCUGGGGGCCCUGGGCAAGCUGUUUGCUACUACCGUGACGUAUCCCUACAUCACCGUCAAGAGCCAGAUGCACGUCGCGGCCCAUAAGGAGAAGAAGGAGGGCAUGUCCCAGGCCUUGAGGCGCGUUAUCAAGGAUGAGGGCUAUGCCGGUCUAUACAAGGGCAUUGGCCCCAAGGUCACCCAGAGCGUCCUCACCGCUGCCUUCCUCUUCGCCUUCAAGGAUGUUCUUUAUGAACAGACUGUGAGGCUCAGGAUGGCUCGCAAGAAGGCGUAAAUCUAAUCGUACCGCGCCAGUGGUCUUUCUGUUACCACUACACUGUAAUUCAGUUUCUUCCGCGACAGUUUGGAUCGAAGGUUCGAACGUUGUUUAGGGGACCCAUAGAUAGGGGCCUUUUGACCUUUCUUUUACUCCUAGGCUGUACCAUUAGUGUACCAUCACCACACCCAAGAUGAUAUUUCUGUAAGGACGGAAGGUGAUAUUUCUGUAAGGACGGGGGGCGAUAUUUCCGGGAAGA